AUGUCGAAAACACCAACUAAAUUUGAUUCAUCACAACAGUUUAAGGCUAGAGAGAUUAGUAGCACACCCGGUAAAGAUCAUCAAGAGAUAGAAAAGACUGUGUAUUCCCAUGUUUCAAAUCUCCAUGAGCAAUUAUGCGAUUGGUUGAAGAUGAAGGACAAGGGAAUCCGUAUAUUCAAAUCAGUGAUUGCAUUAAAAUUACAUGAAUGUCUGGAUGAUCACUAUCCAGGCCAAUUGAAACCAAAUAUGAGAUUUUUAUUAGACAUCUUGGAAAAUUUAAAAACUGUUUUGGACAGCUGUGAAAUAAUAAAUGACCAGUUAAAGGCAUUAGCUAAAUUACGGCCUGACAAUGAACCAGCUAUUUCUACCUGGUCAGUGAGUGAAAUCUCCAAAAAUGUUAUAGAAAUACUUGAGGCAUUGAAAAAGGAAUAUGAACUGAAGGAGGUCAUUAUUGAGAAUGUAGCACACUGUAGAGAUGAGCAGUUGAUUGACGUCUAUAUUACUGCGUGGGAACACGACGUGUAUUUACAUAUUGAUUCAUUUUCGUACCUGUUUGCAGAAGUUGGCCUAGCUAGUCUCCCAUAG